AUGCAGAAAUCAGAUGAAGCAUCAAAGCGAACAGCAAGGUCAAGGACGCCGACUGCAUGUUUACAGUGUCAGAAGAGAAAGCAAAAAUGUAGUAGGGAACAACCGUGUAGGCAUUGUUCGAGGAGAUAUCCGCCAGUGGAAUGUAUCUAUACCUUUGAAGGAAAGCAUAAGAUGGUACUACUUCCGUCCCCAGAUAGAUUAUCUGUACCCGAUGACGCCCCUGCAUCUUUCUAUGCAGAUCAAGAAACCUCGGCGGCUCGACUUUCUUCCAUUCCUUCCUCUGAAAGUUUCUCGAGCACAGUAUCGGAUGAAGCACAUCAUCGAGUAUUUGAGCAAAAUUCACCAGAAGAGAAUAUGAGCUAUAUGCCCACAUUUGAUAUCACCAACUCGGAUCCAUUCAGGUCCAAGCCUCUUUACCAAGGAGUCUUGGGCACUACAAUGCCUACCUCUGUGACUGGAUCAUACGGCGAGCAAGCAAUGGACCCAAAUGAAUUGGAAUUACCACCUGUACCACAAGUUCCGGGAAACACACCAGACCAAAUCCCAUUCUACGAUUAUAUGAAUAGUCUGCAAAUAGAGACAGGGAGCUGGAACCAGUCUUCCAACUUGAAUCCAAAUUCAGGCAUGAUCGAUUUACAGAGUCAAUCAUAUUUCGGUCUAGUUUCAACGCAGACCACAAGUUCUCAAUCAUUUGAUUUCAAUGGCUCUCCUGCUUUUCAUCAAAAUUUUGGGCAUGAUGGGAUGUCAAACUUGGAUAGUCCCCCGAAUAUUUCGUUCUCUCCGGAAACACCAGAUCAUCAGAAUUCGGAUUAUGGAACAACGGAUGGGUAUCCGGGAUCGUACUACUAGUUACCAGGGAUUGAGAAUUAUGAGAUUUUACAGUCUUUUGAUGUGUUCAAGCCUUCCAUGCUUCGGGUACGACAUUAUUUUGAGUGAAGUAAACUAAAAACGACUUCUAUGUGUGGAUAUCAUACCGAAAAUCUUCAACCACAAUUACCUACUCGAAAAUUCUCCUGAGUGGUUAUCCAAAGACGGAAAUAUUUAAUUGGGUUUCCAAGAGUUCGAUUUGCAGUUCAAAAACCAGAGGUUUCAGGUCCUGGUGCUGAUUUAAAUUUUCCAAUGUUUCAAACUUUUGAAUCCAUUUCAAACACUCAUAGUUUCUAUCCAUUCUACCAGUCCAGUCCAGUUUACCGCAUACUCUGACACCAAGCUACAAAUCUUCACUCCGAUACACACCGACUGGCAGCUCAGAAUAGAAGCUUGUGAAGUCUUCCUGUGCUUUCAAGAAAGGAAAACUAGAUAAUGAGUAUCAAAGACUGCGUGGGUUUAUCAUAACUGAGCCUUACACGAUUACCAACAUCUCUAUUGCAUCAUUCCUGGCCGACUAUCAAGGUAUGGAGAUACUCAGAUUGCUUUUCCGAUCUAUAUUCAUCACUUGAUGCUAUAUAUUGUUUAUUUGGAAUCGCGUCGCAUCAGAUAUACAUCAAAACGUCCAUUAUUGAACGCGUUCGAUCUUUCUGAAAGAGAAACGAGGGGUGGAUAAACUCUUAUCGCAUUGCGGAACCUGGAAUAUGUUAGUUUUUUUCACAUACAUGUCAGCUCUCAAAGUCAGACGCACAGUGCUUAGAUUUUUAUUUUUUGGUAGUGGUUAAGCAAGGAGUUUGGAGCGAAAACUUGGGAUAAGAUGACAUAGAUUACUAUCGAAUUGUUAUUUCAAUAAAGUACCUAGACAGACAUUUUGUUCAACUCACAUAUCCUUUCUCU